AUGCAACCAAUAUUCAUCUUAUCAAUUUUGUCCCUCUUAUUUGCUUUCAUCUAUCAAGUUCAAUGUAGAUCUUUAUCCGAAACAAUAUCUCCAAGUUCACCACCAACAUCAUUAGAAACAACCGCCUUUGUUAUCCCUCCAUCACCGUCACCAUCCAUUGCCGCGGCCCCUUAUAAUGAUCCCUCGUACGUUCUCUCACCAAGUUCCGCCCCAAUCGCCAUGCAAGACGCCGAUGGGGAUCCAAUUGAUCUCCCCAUCACCUUCAACCCCUUUGACCUCAACCAUGAUCAACAAGAAGAAUCAUUAACCACCACCAACACGGCGGCUAAUAACCCGGACGUAAAGAAAACUUGUGAUGCCACGGAUAAUCCUGACCUUUGCAUUUCCUCCUUAAAGCCAUUCCUAAUGCAUAAUAACAUAAUGGUGUUAAAAAAAACGGACACGUUCUCUUUACUUGGGAUGCAAGUUAAAGCGACGCAACAAGCCACGCAACUUGCCCUAGCCUUGAGUACUAAAAAAUUAGGGCAAACCGAUAAUGAUAUGGAUGUCCUUAGAGAUUGCAAGGAGAUGUACGAUAAUGCUUUGGAUAAUUUAGAUAAGGUUGUAAAAGCACUUGAAUCCAAAGAUAUUGGUACUAUUAAUAGUAUGUUAAGCGCCACGAUUUCGGAUUUUGGUACGUGUGAUGAUGGUGUACAAGAAAGUGGUGGUACGUCUCCCUUGGUUGGUUAUGGAAAUAAAUUGACUGAAUUGGUUAGUAAUUGUCUUGCCACAGUUUCUCUUAUUAAGGAUAAUGGUGCGACGACAUGA